GAUCCUUGUUUAGUUUAUUUGCAUGGGGAAGUAACAGUUAACAACAAAGUAGCUAAGCCCAUUCAUAAUAACAAAAUAGCAGUCCAUCAGCACGAACAAGGAUAAAAAAAUGAGUUCAUAAUGCACAUAGUGCUAAAAAAAUGCAAAAUAAAGAUACCUCCACAUGCAGUACACGCAACAACCACUUCUCUUCAUUUUCUUGUUGAUUCUUGGAGCCACGUCGUUCAUGGCCAUGGAUUUCACCUUCUUCUUCUUCUUCUUCAUCUUGACGUUGUUAUUGUGGGAGGUGGCAGUAGCAGACAACGUGAGCUUCGACUUCCCUUCUUUCACUCUCAACAACAUCACCCUCCUCGGCGAUUCCUCUCUCAGAAACAACGGCGUCGUAAGACUCACCAACGCCGCCCCCACCUCCAGCACCGGCGCCGUUGUCUACAGCCAACCUGUCUCCCUCUUCCACGCCUCCUUCUCCACCACCUUCUCCUUCUCCAUCCACAACCUCAACCCCACCUCCUCCGGCGACGGCCUCGCCUUCUUCCUCUCCCCCAACACCACCCUCUCCCUCUCCGAACCCCUCGGCCUCCCCACCGCCACCGGCUUCGUCGCCAUCGAAUUUGACACGCGCUCUGACGACCCGAACGAGAACCACGUGGGCUUCGACGUGGACUCCAUGAAGUCCCUCGUAACCGGAGACCCCAUCUUGCACGGCAUCGACCUCAAGAGCGGCAACACCAUCGCUGCAUUGAUCGACUACAACACCCAAUACACAUUACUGAACGUUUUCUUGAGCUAUUCACGUUUUUCAAAACCCCUCCUACCUCUCCUCUCUGUCAAGUUCGAUCUUUCUCAUCACCUCAGAGACCCCGUCUACGUUGGCUUCUCGGCUUCCACUCAAGGAAGCAUCGAGCUUCACCAUAUAAAAAAUUGGACCUUUCACGCCAAAACAAUGACCACCACGUUGCACCACCCUCAUAACGUUUCCGUGGUGGAAAUUUCACGUUCCGGUGCCACCAAGAAGCGCGACAAGAGGGUUGUUGGCAUUGUUGUGGAUUCUGUUUCUUUCUUUGUGGCUUUCACAAUAUUCUUGGGGUAUGUUUUUGUUCGGAGAUGGAAGAUUGGUGGGAGAAAAGAGAGAGAGAAAGACAAGUUCCAGAAGAGUGGUUUCGUGGCGUAUCCUAGGGAGUUUCAUUACAAAGAGUUGAAGUCUGCUACAAGAGAGUUUCACCCUAUUAGGAUUGUUGGGCAUGGAUCUUUCGGAGCAGUGUAUAAGGCUUUCUUUAUAUCUUCUGGAACCAUCGCUGCUGUGAAAAGGUCAAGACAUUCUCACGAAGGGAAGACUGAGUUUCUGGAUGAACUCAACACCAUUGCUGGUUUGAGGCACAAGAAUUUGGUUCAGCUUCAAGGUUGGUGCGUUGAGAAGGGGGAGUUGCUGCUUGUGUAUGACUUCAUGCCCAACGGAAGCUUGGACAAGAUGCUUUACAAGGAACCUGAAAGGGGGAAGCUUUUGAGUUGGUCUCACAGGCAAAACAUUGCACUAGGGUUGGCUUCUGUGCUGGUUUACCUUCACCAAGAGUGUGAGCAGAGAGUUAUUCACAGGGAUAUUAAGGCUGGGAACAUAUUGCUGGAUGGAAAUUUCAACCCUAGGUUAGGGGAUUUUGGAUUGGCAAAGCUUAUGGAUCAUGAUAAGGGCCCUGUUUCCACUUUAACUGCUGGAACAAUGGGGUACCUUGCACCUGAGUAUCUUCAGUAUGGAAAAGCCACUGAUAAGACUGAUGUUUUCAGCUAUGGGGUGGUUGUGCUUGGGGUGGCUUGUGGGAGGAGGCCAAUUGAAAGAGAAGGGUCUAAGAUGUUGAAUCUGAUUGAUUGGGUUUGGCGCCUUCACUCUGAAGGAAAAGUGAUUAAGGCAGCUGAUAAAAGGUUGAAUGGGGAGUUUGAGGAGGAGGAGAUGAGGAAAUUGUUGAUUUUGGGGUUGAGUUGUGCUAAUCCUGAUAGUGCUGAGAGACCCUCCAUGAGGAGAGUGCUGCAAAUUCUAAACAAUGAGGCUGCACCACUUGCUGUACCAAAAGUGAAGCCAACACUCACCUUUUCUUCUGACCUACCUCUGCCUCUCACUAUUGAGGACAUUGUUUCAGAGGCUGAUCAAGAGUCUAUGUGCGAGAUCAAAAUUGACUGAUCAACUCAACUUAUUCUUUUCA